AUGUCGGUGCGAAAAGCCCAUAACUCCGGUCGAAAUCACUUGAGGAACGUGGUCGAAUAUUAUCAGCAAAUUGGUCAUGAAAAGGCUCAAUCAGUUAUCGACUCGAUCACCUCCUCAUAUGCUGCCGAAGGACAAGCCAAUCCUAUGUUCCAACAACCCGGUGCAUUUCCUCCGCCUCCGGGCUUUCCUGGGAUGCCACCUCCUCCCUUUGGUAUGCCAGGCGCUCUUCCGCCAGGGCCUGGAGGAGUCAUUCAACCUCCCGGCGGUCGUGGCAUGCCCUUCCCGCCUUUUCCUCCAAACGGCGCUCCACCUCCACCUCUUCCUAACGGCCUCCCGUUUCCUCCUCCACCCGGUGGAUUUCCUCCGAACUUUCAAUUUCCUCCUCCCGGUGCUCCUGGUGGCUUUCCGCCUCCGGGACCACAGAGUAAACAAGGCCCACCAGGAGGACCUUCACCUGCCCCCGGGGCCGGCCCAACUCCAGGACAAGGACCCCCGUCUGGCUUCAAUAUGAGUGCUCCUCCAGGAUCGAGUGAAGGCCGACGUUAG